AUGGACGAGGAGGACAUCAGCAACUUCGCCGGCAUCACAGGCUCCAGCACCGAUGUCGCUCGUGGGUUUCUCCAGAUCGCCAGUGGCGAUCUCGAGCGCGCCGUUGCCCUCUUCUUCGAGAACCCAGAGCUGGUAUCUGGCAUGACUGCUGGCCUGUCUGGCCCAAGCAGCAGUAGCAGAACCGCCGCCGCAGCGGCACCCACAGCUAUAUCAUCAUCGCGGUCUCGAGGGGGUAUUUCGAGAGAGGACUCGAGUGGCGUUAUCCACAUCCCCAGCGACGACGAAGAUAUGGAUGACAUUUAUGCGGAUAGUGGCGCUGAAGAGAUCCAUAACGAGGACGACGACAGCGGCCACCACGCAGCGUUGCUGGCGGCCAACUACGCACAGGAGGACGAGGAUGCUGCCAUGGCCCGAAGACUGCAGGAAGAGCUCUAUUCGCAGGGUGGCGGGGGAAACGAGGCAGAGGUACGCGCACCGAUUGCGAGAACGACGGAGACCCUGGUUGCUCCUGAGUCUGCUUGGGGACCGGACGACGAUGCAGAUAUUCUAGAGAGCCUUCGAAGUCGCCGACCGGCAAACAGAGGACGUGGUGCUGGUGCGGGCGGCCCGUUUGCACAGCGCAUAUGGGGGGAUGGCGCGUCGUCGGCGGGCACAACAAGCACAACAGCCAACGGCACCCACGCGCGACGACUUGAAGACCUCUUUCGCCCGCCAUACGACCUCAUGAUGCGCAUGUCAUGGGACGAGGCGCGCACACUGGGCAAGGGCGACCAGAAAUGGAUACUGGUCAAUCUGCAGGACAUGACCGACUUUAAUUGCCAGGCGCUCAACCGCGAUAUUUGGAAGGAUAAAUCCAUCAAGGAGCUGGUUUCGGAGAAUUUCAUCUUUCUACAGUAUGACAAAGACUACCCAGACGCGGAGGAGUAUAUUACGUUCUACUUUCCCAACCGCACACACGAGAACCCGGACAAUUACCCGCACGUCUCGAUCAUCGAUCCGCGCACGGGCGAGCAGGUCAAAGUCUGGUCUGGGCGGCCAUUUCCCAAACCACUAGAGUUCCACGCCGAGCUGGCCGAGUUUUUGGACCGGUACAGCCUGGCAGCGAACAGCAAGAAUCCCGUGGCCAAGCCUAGCGGGCCCAAGCCAGCCGUGGUGGAUGUUGACCGCAUGACGGAGGAAGAAAUGCUAGAGAUGGCGCUCAAGAACAGUCUUACGGGGACUGUGGCGGGCGGCAGCGGUAGCAGCGGUGGCAACUCGAGUUCGACGCCGAAUAUCCACGAUCCGGAUGCCUAUACCAAGGGGGAUGCGGGAAAGGACGUGGACGCGGAAGAGGUCGAAGAGGAAGACACAGCAGCGGGCGAAGCGGGAUCAAGUGCGUUUGCGCAGAUAUCAUCAACGAAUCCACAUAGCGAACCGGCCAACGACCCAGCGACGACGACGCGGAUUCAGUUCAAGCAUGCAGACGGGCGUGUCAUUCGCCGGUUCAAUGUGUCGGACCCGGUGCUGACGCUGUUUGAGUGGCUCAAGGCCGAACCUUUCGAGGGCAAGGAAGGCAUGGUCUUUGAGCUGAAAAAGAUGCCGCAGGGCCAGGACCUGAUGGAGAAUUUGGAUGAAACUAUUGAGGAAGCGGGCUUGAAGCAGGGGACGGUCAUGAUUGAGUUUAUCGAAGACUAG